GGAACAACACACCACCGCACCCGGAUCAGAAACUUCUGAUCCUCAAGGUGUAUGUCAUAAAGGUACAGUUGCGGGCAGUUUCCUGCGGAGGAACUCAGUUAACCGGAGAGGUAGGCACGAAACCUAGCGGCCAAGGACAAGUCUGGCACAUCUGAUCCUUAUCUUAUCGUGACAUUGGGCACCGCCAAACAGUCCACACCUUCAAUCAGCAAGACCCUGAACCCUGAAUGGAAGAUAUGCUUUGACAUGCCGUUGACCGGCGUUCCACUGCUCGAAUGCAUCUGCUGGGACAGAGACCGGUUCGGUAAAGACUAUAUGGGAGAGUUCGACAUACCUAUCGAGGACAUUUUCGCCAAUGGAAAGAUACAACAGGAACCGAGGUGGUAUAAAUUGAAGUCUCGAAGGGCAAGCACCAAGAAACAUAGUACCGUCUCUGGAGAAGUCUUUAUGCAGUUCUCCAUCGUAGACUCAGCAAACCCUUCAGCAAGUCCAGAAGAGAUCCGCAAGAAGUUCCAAGCAUAUAUUGGGGCCGAAGAAGAAGACGACGAACUUUCUCGCCUUUCUACCAACCUCUCCACUGGUGACGAUAACGACGAUGCGGAUGACCUUGACGACGAUUUGGAGUCGGUCACAGAAACCGAAUCUUCACAGACAGGAGGCGUUGCAGCGAAAAAGGAGAAAAAGAAGAGGCUUGCCCGCCUCCGGCGCAAGUCCAUGGCUGCAAGAGCUUACAACUUCCUCGGGGCGGUCAACGAUGUUAAUGGCCUUAUCUUCCUGGAAAUUGUCAAAAUCACCGACCUCCCUCCGGAGCGCAAUAUGACCCGCACUUCCUUUGACAUGGACCCCUUCGUCGUGACGGCUCUGGGUCGAAAGGUCCUGAGAACGAGAGUUGUUCGACACAAUUUAAACCCUAUCUUUAAUGAAAAGAUGGUCUUUCAGAUCUUGCAACAUGAAACUGGCUAUUCUUUGACAUUCACGGUCAUCGAUCGAGACUCUUUUUCGGGGAACGACUUCGUUGCUUCCACGUCAUUCCCAGUUUCGAAGAUGAUCGAGGCAGCCCCAGAAGAAGAUCCCGACACCGGUCUCUACGAUCUUCCUGAACCUCCAGAGUACUCACCUGCUAUGAUAUCGAAAGAACAUAAUAGAUCCAAAUUUCGAUUACCGCUAUCGCGCACGUCUUCGGCUAGUAGCCUCCAAAAGCUGGCACGUCCGGGUGCAAAACGCGACGACUCUCAAGCAUCGUUAUCACUUACACCUACCAACAGCAACGAGUCACCUCGCCCUGCAGCUCCAACGAGUGCGCCCUCGGAAGGCAACGGCAACACGCUGAAGCCGCCUGGAACCAAUGACAUUCCAUCUCCACAGCCGGCAGACGAUCCAUCUAUGAUCUCGUAUGUCAUUCCCUUGGAGUUGAAAAACAAGGAGCGAUGGGAAGCCAAGCAUCGCCCGGAAAUGCACAUUCGCGCACGAUAUUUGCCCUACAAAGCCUUGAGGCAGCAAUUCUGGAGAGCGAUGUUUAAACAAUACGAUGCUGACGACAGCAAGCGCAUCAGCAAAAUCGAGUUCACCACGAUGCUAGACACCCUGGGCUCGACCUUGAAAGAGUCGACUAUUGAUGCCUUCUUUUCUAGAUUUGCCAAAGAGAAUGAUGAUGCUGGUGAGGUAGACCUGACUUUUGAUCAAGCUGUCAUCUGUUUGGAAGAGCAACUGCAGAAGGGUAGCCAGAAGAAGACUACUACCGAGAAAAUAAAGAGUAUCAUGGCACCUUCGAGAAAUCAGGCGCCGCAGGAAGACCCCAACGUCACAAAGGGGGAGACACUUCCUGGCAGCAUACCGACAAUCCAACAAGGGGAUACUGGGGCUGCUGGUGAGGAGGGCAAACUCCUCGACAAUGACCUCGGGGAUGAAGGUGAUGGCGAGGAGCACGUUAUUGAGAUCCGCGAGUGCCCCAUUUGCCAUCAACCAAAGCUCAACAAGCGGACUGAAGCCGAUAUCAUUACACACAUCGCCACUUGCGCUAGCUCUGAUUGGAGACAGGUUAACAAUUUGGUGAUGGGCGGCUUUGUCACACAAAGUCAAGCGCAACGCAAGUGGUACUCAAAAGUCAUCACGAAGAUCAGCUAUGGUGGAUAUAAAUUGGGUGCUAACAGCGCGAAUAUUUUGGUCCAAGAUCGGACUACGGGGCAAAUCAACGAAGAACGUAUGUCGGUGUAUGUGCGCAUUGGCAUUCGAUUGCUUUACAAAGCACUAGGGUCUCGUGAAAUGGAGAAGAGACGAAUCAAGAAAAUGCUGAAGUCGUUAUCGGUCAAGCAAGGCAGAAAGUUUGACGAUCCGGCAUCGGCAAGCCAAAUUGAGGGUUUCAUCAACUUCCAUCGUCUGGACAUGUCUGAGGUUCUUCUUCCAAAAGAGCAAUUCAGGAAUUUCAACGAAUUCUUUUACCGAGCGCUGAAGCCGACUGCGCGGCCAUGCAGUGCACCGGAUCGGCCUGAAAUCAUUGUCUCGCCGGCGGAUUGCCGAUCAGUGGUCUUCAACACCAUCGAUGAUGCGACCAGGAUUUGGGUCAAAGGCCGAGACUAUAGUCUGGAAAAGCUGUUUGGUGAUGCAUAUCCUCUUGAGGCCAAACGAUACAAAGGAGGCAGCAUGGGUAUCUUCCGACUUGCACCUCAAGACUAUCACCGAUUCCAUAUACCUGUCGAUGGUACUCUUGGCACACCGAAACUGAUUGAUGGCGAAUACUAUACGGUGAACCCCAUGGCCAUCAGGUCAGCUUUGGAUGUAUAUGGUGAGAAUAUUCGCGUGGUGACGCCGAUUGACUCUGUCUGCCACGGCAGAGUCAUGUAUGUCUGCAUUGGCGCAAUGAUGGUCGGUUCUACGGUGAUCACUCGAAAGCCGGGAGAGCGUGUCAAACGAACUGAAGAACUUGGUUAUUUCAAGUUUGGCGGCAGUACCAUCCUGGUCUUUUUUGAGCCUGGCAAAAUGGUUUAUGACAAGGACCUUGUGGACAACAGCCUUGGAGCUCUGGAAACAUUGGUUCGAGUUGGCAUGUCAAUUGGUCACUCGCCAGACGUUGAAUCAUACAAGCCGGAUAUGAAGAAAGAUGAGCGUGACAUCACUGCCGAAGACAGGCAAGACGCCAAACGACGAAUUGAAGGUAGCCUUGCUUCCAAUACUGAUAGUGGUGGAUUUAUGGGAGAGUCAGCAUCGGUGGGAGACGGCGUGGUCACCUUGGAUCAGGCACACAUUCAAUGAAUGGUAUGAUACUAUGAAUUUUGUCAACUUCUGUACAGGCAUGUUCUGUGUACCCAAAUUAUCCGGGGCCCAGAAUCGGUGGUCGUUAGGCUCAUCAUAGAGAGAGAAAAGUUUUUACGAAUUGACGCGGGUAUCCCAUGAUGACUACAUUAUUAUCUCAAGUCAAAGCAUCGAUGCAAGGCUGAAGGGCUUCGAAGAGUGUUGUUGUGGCCUACCACUUCGCUGUCCACGGACACAACCAUUUGUGUUCAUAAAUCGCUCUCCG